AGUUGUGUAAAAUGAGUGCUGAUGUUCAUGAAACUCAAUAAUUGUCACUUGAUAACAUUGAUUCUGUUCAUACGCGGCUAAAAUGCUGUUUCUCACAAAGGUAAGCGAAAAAGUUGUUCGAUUUAUUAUCGAUGUACCAAAUCAGCAACUCCGAAGAUGCUGUCAUGUAGACGCCAGUUUGAUCCGGAACUUUGCAAUCAUAGCCCACGUGGAUCAUGGGAAAAGCACUCUGGCUGACAGACUUUUGGAAGAGACUGGUACUAUCAAAAGAGGAGUGCACGGGGAGAGACUGCUGGAUAAUUUGGAAGUGGAAAAGCAAAGAGGCAUCACGGUCAAGUCUCAAACUGCAACCAUGCGUCACAAGAUGGGUAAGAGAGAGUACACUUUAAACUUGAUCGACACUCCCGGACACAUUGACUUCAACUUCGAAGUGUCACGAUCCCUAUCUGCAAUACAGGCUGUCCUUCUACUCGUGGACGCCAACGAGGGCAUACAAGCACAGACCAUAGGGAAUUUCUUCCUGGCAUUUGAACGUAAUCUAGUCAUCAUUCCUACUUUAAACAAAAUUGACUUGAAAACGGCAAUUCCCGAUCUAGUGACAAAGCAGAUGAAGGAGGUUUUUGGAAUGCGAGACGAUGAGUUUAUACGCGUGAGUGCCAAAGCUGGAACAGGAAUCCAGGAACUGUUGGACGCUAUUGUUGAAAGGGUUCCCCCUCCCCAAGUGAAACGACUGGAGCCUCUUAAAGCUUUGGUUUUUGACUCCCAGUUUGUGGGAGGUAAAGGAUAUCGGUGCAGUGUAUUUAUACAUGCGGGAGUGCUCUCGAAGAACCAAGAUGUGCAAUUGUACAAUAGUGAGAUCUCGUGUCAAGUGAGAGAAGUGGGUUUGUUCAGUCCAGACCCAAAGGAGUGUGAACAACUGGAGGCCGGUCAGGUGGGCUAUGCCCUGCUGAACCACAAGAAACUAGAAGACGUGAAACACUUAGUAGGCGAUACAUUAUUUCACAAGGACACUAAACGCGAUUCGUUCGAGGCGUAUAGCAAAGUGGCGACGCCUCAGAGGAUGGUGUUCGCGGGAGUGUUCACAGACCAGUUGUCGGAACUGGAUAGUCUCUCGUCAGCUAUAGAGAAACUCUGUCUCAAUGACAGCAGUGUGUUGGUGGCCAAGGACAGCAACCACGCACUAGGACAGGGCUGGAGGCUAGGAUUUCUCGGUGUGUUGCACAUGGAGAUUUUCAUGCAGCGACUGGAGCAGGAGUUCGGAGCAUCUCCAGUGGUCACAUUGCCCAGUGUGCCUUACAGGGUCAAACUGAAGUACGACAAACAGAUCAAAGAACACAGAGGCCAACAGGUCAUCGAGAUCAGGUCCCCUCUGAAACUGCCCUACCACCUGCACGUGGACAAGUACUAUGAACCUUUCGUUCAGGCCACCAUCAUCAGUCCCAUGGAGCACCUAGACACCAUCCUCAAUUUGGUUUCAAUGAGGAGGAGUUCAGGCGAGAAUGUCUCCUCGAUCACAGACACGAGAUACAUGAUCACAUGCAAAAUGCCACUUGCAGAAGUCAUAACAGAUUUCAACGAUGCACUCAAAAGAGCCACUUCAGGUCUUGCUAGUUUCGACUAUGAAGACUGUGGUUUUGAAGAGGCAGAUUUGGUGCGGAUAGACUUCCUGUUGAACAAACACAUGAUUGACGAGUUCUCUAUGAUAUGUCAGAGAGAAAUGAUGCAUUCUAAGUGUAGACACAUGAUUGACAGAUUGGCAGAGCAUAUCCCAAAACAGCAGUUCGAGAUCAAAAUACAGGCCGUCAUUUCCGACACUUCUACUGUCGUUGCUAAGGGUAAAGUGAACGCCCUUCGGAAAGACGUGUUCCGGAAACUGCACGGAAGCAUAGGAGUGGAGAGACGGUCUGCACUUCUCAAGGCACAGGCGGAUGGGAAGAAGAGACUGCGUAUGGUGGGAAACAUACAGAUACCCAAGAAGGUCUUCGUCCAGGUCAUGAAGGCCGCCACAUCUAAAUAAGAACAUAAGAACAGCUCGCAAACUCAACUAUCGAAAGCUAGCAUCUAUAUUUGCUAAUUGGUACGCUUUUCGGCAAAUGAGACGGCGAAUAAUUUUUCUAGAAUGUUCUAGAAUAAAACAACUUUACUGAUUAAAAUGUCUUCUUUAUUUCUCGAAAAGUAAAUUCAAUUGCUGGAAGUUUUAAAGAGUUCAUGAACAGUUUCAAGAAAUUUUA